AUGAACCUUGAUGCAUUGAUUGGUAUUAAGGAUUUAUUCACCAGAUAUCCAGCUGAACAGAAGUUGCAAAAAUAUGCUGCUGUAGAAAAACUUCGUGAGCGCAUUGGUGAUGAUGAUAAAGUGGUUCGAAAAUCAUUAUAUGAUCUUUUUAAAGUAGUGAUUUUACCUUGCUGUAAAGAGGACAAUCAAGAGCUGAUCGUUUCUUUAUUGAUGCCUUACAUUUUUAAUGCAAUGACUCAUUUGGUGGUUGAUGUUCGGAUGAUGGCAUUUGAUUUUUUAGACCUCAUUCUUGAGUUUUAUCCUCCUUCCUUUUCACCAUCUUAUGCAGAAAAGAUUUUUCAGAAUUAUGAGGAUAUUCUAGUGAGGAACCAGUACUAUUUAUAGGACAAAGGAAAACUAAAGGAUGCUCUUGCUGGGCUGGUUCGCUGCUUGUCACUCCUGGCA